GGUGCUUUGAAGGAAAUAAAAGAUCUCGAAAGUGUCUUAAUGACAACCGAUGGCCUCAUGUUGACAAGACAGCUGGUUGCCUUGCAGAGGGCAGGGCUUGACGGUCUGAACAUCAGCUUAGACACCCUGCAGUCCCAACGCUACAACCAGAUCACGAGGAGGAAAGGCUGGGAGCGUGUCAUGGUUGGCAUAGAUCUAGCCUUGCAACUUGAAUACGACCCUGUGAAGAUAAAUUGUGUUGUAAUGCGAGGUUUUAAUGAAGAUGAAGUGUGCAGUUUUGUGGAGUUAACAAAAGAGAAAAAUGUUGAUGUAAGAUUUAUCGAGUACAUGCCUUUCAGCGGCAACAAAUGGAAUGAUGGGAAGAUGGUCUCAUUUAGUGAAAUGGUCCAAAUAAUUAGAAAGCAGUGGCCUAAUUUUGAUCCUCUGCCCAAUGGGCCCAAUGAUACCUCAAAGGCACACCAUGUCCCGGGCUUCAAGGGACGUGUGGGAUUUAUUACCUCAAUGAGUGAACACUUCUGUGGCACGUGCAACCGUUUACAGAUAACAGCUGAUGGCAAUUUGGAGGUGUGUCUCUUUGGGUAUUCAGAGAUAUCUCUCAGAGAUGCAAUACGAAGCAAAUGCAGUGAGGAUGACUUGCUUGCCAUGAUUGGGGCAGCAGUGAGAAGAAAGAAGAAACAACAUGGAGGCAUACUGAACCUGUCAAAGAUGAAGAAUCGGCCAAUGAUUCUUAUUGGAGGAUAACAGCGGCCCUGAACUUGAUGGCUGUAGUGAUGUCGUGAAGGCACAAAGUUGGAAGUUGUUAAACCUUCAGAAACAAGAUUUUCAAAAGUACUUCUUCUCAGAUACCAAUAUUUCGCCCCUGUUUGUGUCGGAUACACAGACGUCUCAGUUGUUGUCACGUAAUUUGAGUGUAGUGACUGAAUCUAGAAAACAGUUUCUUUUGCUUCCCUGUGCCCCAAGCAUUAUGUGCAAUGCGGGACUCCUAACAAAACAAACACACAGAGCACAGCCCUCUGUCUUCUCUUGCCGUUUCUGCAGUUUGGGAGCACAGUCCGAAAGUCGGACUCAUGUUGACCGGUCUGGCAGGGCGAAAAUGGUCAACGUGGGUUCGAAGCUGGUGACAGAACGGACUGCUACAGCACGAGCAAAGGUUUUUGUCGGACCCGAACUGAUGAAACUCAUAUGAGAAAAUGGCCUGAAGGUACUUAGCGUUGCUCGCGUGGCGGGAAUUGUGGGGUCCAAGCAGACGUCCAGCCUUAUCCCUCUGUGUCAUAACAUAUCUUUAUCCUCUGUGGCUGUGGACAUUGAACCGGACUCUGCUCUCAACUGUGUGAUUAUAACUGGCACGGCAAAGUGUAGAGGGCAGACGGGCAUGGAGAUGGAAGCUCUCGCUGCUGUAUCGGUGUCUGCCUUAACAGUGUACGAUAUGUGCAAAGCUGUGAGUCAUGACAUUGUGAUAUCUGAAAUAAUGCUUCUGGCCAAAAGUGGGGGAACUAGAGGAGACUUCCACCGGACAUGAGCAUCUGUGUGGCAGUGA